UUUGCGCUAAUCAGCACUUCUGCUUUGGUACUUUAUCAGGCAGCACAGACAGGGUCCAGCCUGAGAAAUGCCAACUUGGGCAUGGCUCACCACCCUAGAGUUGGAAGGAUCUGGGCUCAAGUCCUGCCCCUGCUACUUUCCAGAUGUGCUUUCCAGUGACUUUUCCCACUCUGAGCCACCACGUUCCCAUCGGGAAAGCUCAAGUAAUUCCUUCAUCUUGGCCAGGUGAUUGUGAAUUGUAAACGAGAAAAUACAAGUGAAAGUGUUUUGACGCUGACGAUGUCAAAUUGACAUCGCGAACAGACUGAAGGAUCAACUCCCAUUUCUCCCACUGCCAAAAAUCUUUCCCAUUCUGUUCUCCCAGCAGAAGCCAAUGCCUGCUCAGUGUUAAAGGUGAUGGAUGAUUGUGAGGCACAUAGGACAUCAGGGGAAUCUUGAGGGGAAGGAAAUGGCGACUCCUUUCUGAGUCACGCUUUACUUUCUAUCCACUGAUCUUUCCUUCCAUCAGCCACUCAUCUACCCAUCCAAUAAAUAUCUUUCAUGCGACUGAGCCAGCAGCCUGUGAGCACUCUGAUUCUAUCUAAUGAAACGUUGUCAACACUUCUCUUACCACAAUGUUGUCAACAGCUCUCUUGAGUCCUGCCAUUUGUGCUGAAACCAAAGCUGCUAACAGUGGCUGGAGUGCAGAUCCCAUCUGACCCUAUGGUUUGGCAGAGCUGACAGUCUGGUGGCUUUGCUGGGACCAUCAAGCCAAAGGGCUAGGGAAAACUGGGCUCCAGGAAACCACACUGAGAAUGUAAGAAUGCUUAUGGGGAUUGGAAAAACCAGACUCAGUUUAGUCGUGGGCUUCCUCCAUCCAGUCUGACAAAGUUGUGUAGACACAGGGCGGGUGCUGAGGAAGUAGACCACGGCUGCAAUGGGACAGGGCUUUGUGAUCUAGCAAAAGGGAUGUCUUCUCCGCCAGACUUGGGGAAAGCCAGGCUUCCAGAAUAGCCUUGCCAAGUUUAGGAAACAGGCAGGCUUUUCAUCCUGGCUCCUCCUAGGUCUCCAUGUCUAGACAUUUGCUUGGUGAUACCAUGGUAACUGUGAUGCCACAAUGGAACAUUCUUCCCAAGGUGGUAGAAGGAAUCCCUCUGUUGAGCUCUGCUGUGUAAAGUCAGAGUGAGUUCAUUUCUCCUUUGGCAGUAGCAGUUCACAGAAGACUCUGAGAGCCAUCCUGACAGCAAGAAACAUCCAGUGUCAUGAGCGGAACAUGGUGACUGAGAACGGCUAUUGUGCACAGUUUGAGCUGCCCAUGGUGUCUGCUGCAGUUCACUUUGGGGAUGGCAGAGAUGAGACGGAUGCUCUUAGUACUGCUCUAUGUCUCCCACUCUUCUGCCAGUUGUGGCAUCCAGAAAACCAGUGUUGUGGAAACUUCCGAGGAGGGUUUGGUCAAAGACCAGGAAUUCCCGUGGGUGGUGUCGCUGCAGGAUUCCCAGUACACUCACCUGGCUUUUGGCAGCAUCCUCAGAAGGACAUCAUUGUCAUAGUUGGUAUAGCUAAGAUGGAUGCCAAAGUGAUUGCUCAUGAAGAGUAUCCGGUCAACACCAUCAUCAUCCAUGAGGAUUUUGAUAAUGAGACCAUGAACAAUAACAUAGCCCUCCUGAAGACAGACACGGCGAUGCAGUUCAGCAACCUGGUCCGACCCAUCUGCUUCCUUGGCAGAAAGCUGCAUAUGCCACCAGCCUUGCAGAACUGCUGGGUGGCAGGAUGGAAUCCCACAUCUGCAACAGGAAAUCACAUGACAAUGAGUAUCCUGAGGAAAAUCUCCGUGAAAGACAUCAACAUGUGUCCCUUACACAAACUCAAGAAAACAGGAUGUGGCAAUCACAUAGAGCAGGAAACCGAUGCUGUCUGUUUGGGGGACCCUGGAAACCCCAUGAUGUGCCAGCUACAGCAACAGAAUCUGUGGGUGCUGAGAGGAGUCUUGUCCCACGGGGGUGAGAAAUGCCCUGGCUUUUUACUGUACCUCAAGGUGGAAGACUAUGGCGACUGGAUUAUGUCCAAGACUAAGAAAACCAGCCAUCCGCUGUCUGCCUUCCACCACUGGGAGAAUUUGCUGCCUUCACUCAGCUACAAAGAACAUUUCACCAUUACACAGAGAAAACAUUCCGGGCUGGGCCAAAGUGGAUGGUCCCCAGCACACGUGCAAGGAGAAAAAAAGGCCGACGUAUAUUCAUUGCCAGCAAACAGCUCUAGAAAGAGCCCAGACAUUGGGAGGAAAGGGUUAAGGGAAUUAGGCAGGACUUCUGUUGUGGACAUACAACCCAUGUACUAUGAUUAUUAUGGCGGGGACUCUGGGGAGGGUAGAGGGCCUAUUUCAGGUCAGAACAGGUUACAUCAGCCCCAAGAAUCCUUGUUUUUCUUUGUGCUUGUUUUCUUUUGCAAUGGUAUCUAG